UUCAGGAAAUGCCCCUAAUGAGUGACUUCUCUUUUCUCCUUCCUCAACUAAGUGGAUUCCAAGCAGUUCUAACCAUUCAUUACUUGUGAACAGAUCCUUGACUUUUGUGCUUAAGUUAUGGGAGAGGGGACUGUAAUUUGGAGCUGUUCGUAGAGGUGAUGACACUGCUAGAAUCCAAUCACUGCUGGUCCAGGCGCAGUUGGAAAGCUCUACAAGGCCUCAGCUACAGAAUGUCCAGGGACAGCAAGUAACACCUUUCAUGACCCUUGACCAUCAGGUAUUCAACCAGACUCUCAAGAGGACACCACCUCCAACACCAAGCUGUAUGCCUCUGGCAGAGCAUGGACCCAUGAGCCCAGACAGCGAUGCUGGCUGUGCAGGAAACCCAUUCUCAAAACUGCUGGCUCUUGGGAGAGAGGAUGGUAGUACAGAAUGGCAUUUAUCUAGUAGUAUUUUGGAUGUGUACAGUGGUGAGCAGGGGAUUUCUCCAGUUAAUGCAAAUCUGAUGAGUGCUUCCUGUCCAAGCAUUCUGCCCAUGAAAAAGGAAGUUGCAGAAACUGACACUAGAGCUUUGGUGAAAGAGAGACAGAAAAAGGACAACCACAACCUCAUUGAAAGAAGAAGAAGGUAUAAUAUUAAUUACCGAAUCAAGGAGCUUGGCACUCUUAUUCCAAAGUCUAAUGAUCCUGAUAUGCGCUGGAACAAAGGAACCAUUCUGAAGGCAUCAGUGGAGUACAUCAAGUGGCUACAAAAAGAACAACAGAGAGCCCGGGAGUUAGAACACAGACAGAAGAAAUUGGAACAGGCUAACCGGCAGCUUGUGCUCCGGAUUCAGGAACUAGAAAUACAAGCGCGUGCUCAUGGCCUGCCAAUGCUGGCUUCACUUGGCACAGCUGAUUUCAGUCCCUACAUCACCAAACAGCAGGCCCAUCCUGAGAAGAACUCAGUAGGCUGCUGCCAGCAACUGACUCCAUCUCAGGGGACAAGCCCAGAGUUCUGUGAGCAAGCUGUGGCCUUCUCUGAUCCUUUGUCUCACUUCACAGAUUUAUCAUUUAGUGCUGCCUUGAAAGAGGAACAAAGAUUGGACGGCAUGCUACUAAGUGAUACAAUCUGCCCCUUUGGAACAGACCCAUUCCUCUCUGCUACUUCCCCCGCAGUCUCCAAAGCGAACAGUCGAAGCAGCUUUAGCUCGGAGGACAGUGAUGAGUUAUAAGCCAUAAACAGGCUCAAGUCCUCAAACCGGAAGCAACUCCAUGCUGGUGCUAUGCAAUCACGAUCUGCAUUAUUUUCACUUAAUUCUCUGCAAGGAAUUACGUUGCCCAUGGCGGGGAAAACGAUUAGAAGCAAUGGGAGGAUUCAUGGGAAGAAGAAACAAGGUGUUAAGGAGUCGCUGAAGAUCACAGUCUUGUUCCCCCCUUUCUCUAAAGACUCCAGAUUUCCUUAAAUUUGAUUUUCUUGGAAAGUUGCUCAACUUAAUAAUGGCCCUAGUGGUAUACCUUCAGAACACAGUGACAGGAUUACUGGAACUAUAGUCUUUAAAGAGACUGCAAUAUACCACUCUCCUGUCACUCCCAUAUUCUCUGUCACCUCUUAUAACAUCAUUUCUUUGUUUUUUUUUUUUUUUGAAGAAUCAAGACUAACGAAUUAGGUGAUAAUUUCCUUUCCAUUGUCUCGUGGACAUAUUGCAUAUGUUUGAAUACUUGUCAGGAAAAUAAAUAUAAAAAUGUGUACUUUUUUGUCACAUACUUGAAACUCUGUAAUAACAUGAGAAUUUUUUUCAAAAUAAA